GGAGAGGAAGUUCUGUGCCCGGGCUCACAAAAGUAAAUGCCUGAGCCGGUCAUCCCCUUCCUCCAGGCGCGGUCCCAUCUCUGGCCAGCCCCAGGCCUCCCCUCUGAGUCCCAUUUCAGGGAGAGGCUCUAAAGAACCAAACCAGGGAAACAGCCCCUCUGGUUUGGAACCAAUCCGCCUGGAGCUCACAGGGGUGCACUUGUGCUCCACCUCUUCAUUGGCCCCAGGAGCCCGGACCGGGUCUGACAUAGGCAUGCGUAGUUCCAUUCCUUUGCUAGCGUUGCCAGGGCAGCAAUUGUCUCCCGCCUUUAAAAGGUUUCCACUGCUGGGCCAUCACGGCUUAAGUGUCUGGCCGCCGGAGGGAUGCGUCUCUUCGGGACACGAACAGAGCCGGAGACCUGUGGCCCUACUUCCCCGCGAAGGGACGUGGGAAUUAAUGGGGCAACAGCCAAAGAUGGAUACAGGAUACGAAAAAAAUUCCUCGGGAAGCUACAUAGAGCCGCCUUAUCUGGAGACUGUAGAAAAAUACAAUGGCUCUUGUUAGCCAAAGGAAAAGACAUUAAUAAAGUGGACGAUCUCAACAGGACAGCUCUGCACCUGGCCUGUGCCGCUGGGUAUCCAGAUGUUGUGUCUUUCUUAGUAGAGAGACACUGCAAACUGGACAUUUGUGACAGCAACCACCGCACUCCUCUAAUGAAGGCUGUACAGUGCCAGCAGGAGGAGUGUGUGAGCAUCCUGCUCCUCCAUGGGGCAGACCCCAAUAUGGUGGAUGAGAGCAGCAGCUCGGCCCUCCAUUAUGCCGCAGCUGGAGAGAAUCUAAGAAUAGUAGAGAGGCUGCUAGAAAGCAAAGCCAAUAUGGAGGCAAGGGAUAAGCUUGGCCUCACACCACUUCUCUUGGCCGUUAAGAACCAUCAUGAAGCCAUGGUCGAUUUAUUUUUAAAGAAUGGAGCAAAUGUCAAUGCCAAAGAUAAUUCUAAAAGAACAGCUCUCAUGAUGGCCAUUAGUAAUAAAUUUAAUCCAACAAGCCUAGUCCAACUUAUUCUUCAAUAUGAUGUUGACCUCUCUUGCGAAGAUGAUUUCGGAUGGACAAUUAGAGACUACGUUCGUAUCAGUAGUGUUAGAGGUCAUCAAGAAUUAGUUCUUCAGUAUGUGAAGACUAAAGCUAAUGAACUCUUCCCUGAAGUCAAAACCAGUAGUCCAGAACGGGCUUCUGAUAUUGGAUUUACUUUGGGCAGACCUGCCUUGGACAAAAAUGUAGAUGAAAAAAGGAGCAUUGUCAAAAGAGAAUUUAGAGAGUCUCUUGGCCACAACCAAUCAGAUAAUGAAAAAGAUGUCACAGAUUCCCUUCCUGUCCAUCCCUUACCUGGAACCUUUUCAAUGCCUGUCCAGAAGAUAUCUGCUCCUCUGGACAUUAAUAAGGAAGAAUUAAUGGACACAGAAGAGGAACCAAAGAAUGAUGGCAUGUUAAUGGUCAAUAAUGCCACUAGAGAACAAAGACAUGGUGAAACUCCAAAUUCUCCGAGUGAACUUGGAGCUCACAGCAUGUCACAGAAGUGUGCUGUUAGAAAAGAUCUGAUGUCAGCAUUCACAGGGGGAGAGGAAGAAGAUGCAGAAUCACCCUGGGAUUCAGAGGUAUUUCCUAUUAUUCUGAACUGUCAAUAUGGAGUGUGAUUGUAAAAAUUGUAUUUCCUAUUUACUCCAUUACUCAAGUAUUGCCAAUAGCUGUGGUGCCUCAGAAGUGCAGGUUUCAGAGCUGAAAAGGACAUGAAUACUCUCUAGUCUAAAUGCUUGUUAACACCUGAGGAAGCUGACCGCCACAGAAGCCUAGGUCUCACAACUCAUUAGGGAUGGAGGCAAGAAGAGAUUCAUGAGUCCCCAGCUUUCAGGCCAUGCCCUUUCCACUCCCUCCCUCUAUGCCUCACCACCUUCCCAAGACCAGUCACUGCUGCACUCCUUCAUUCGUUAGUCACCCAGUCAUUCAGUGAGCAAAUGCCAUUGGGCCGUGUGCUGUGGCAGGAAUUCACUGAUAUUCAAUCAGGUACCUGCCUCCCUCCAACAUGAGUGCCUCUAAGGGAUGAGGCCAGACAGAGGAACAUCAAAGACGAUUUCAUGCUCCCCUACAAUCAAAUGACUGCACAACUUGUAUGCAGAAGAGGAGGUGACCAAAGGGAAAUGUGGCGGCAGUGAUGGUGAAUCCAGAAAGAUGUCCUCAGAGAGGAGGCGAUAACUAGGGCUUCAUGAAAGGGUGAAGCUCUGAUGGACAGAAGGAAGUAAAGAUGCAAGUGAGGAUUUUACAGAGCGGGGGUUGGCAGAAGGCCUCUCAUAGGGAAUACGAAUUGCUCUGAAGUGAUCGCUUUAGGAUUUUGGACAAGAUUUGUGUAAAGGAGCCUCCUCAUGCAGGAUAAUAAUAUUUUGAUCAUUUGUAAUUGUAGGAAACCUGUUUGUGAUCAUGAUAAAUGAACUGGAGCAGGGGUAUGUUAAAGGCCAAUAGAUGUCGAUUUAAUAAGCUUGAAUAAGCUGAAGGGGAUGAAAUAAACUAGAGUGAUUGUGGAAAGAGAAAAGGUUAAAUAAUACCUUGUUCAUUUUAUUUCAUUUUGAGACAAAGAUCAUUAUUAGAAAUGUUACUUUCUUAAUUCAAAAUUCAUUGCAAAUUUAAACGAAGGAAGCAUUUCUAUGUCUGAAGAAAAAUAAGACAUUAACACAAAUGAAAUCACAAAUCUCUAUUUUAACUUACUUUUCUAUAUAUCUACAAAAUAAAAAUCCUCAUCCUCCCUCCUUUCAACACAUAGGAUAAUGUCAGGGAGACCAACAUAUUCAUAUAGAUGAAGUCUUUCAUGUUUUAUCUUUCUAUUCUCCUUCUGGAGAUGAAUUCUCAUAAAUUCCAGUAUUCCUUUUGUGGUUGUGUAUAAUGUUCUGCUGGUUCUACUCAUUUCACUGUUCAUUACCUCAGAAAGUUCUUUCAGGUUUUUGAAAAGUCAGUUUAUUCAUCAUUUCUUAUGAUGCAUUAGUAUUCCAUCAUAUUCAUGUAUGAUCAUUUGUUUAGCCAUUCCCCAAUUGCGGGUUUCCCGUCAGUUUUCAAUUCUUUUCAUCACCACCAAGAUGGCUGCUAUAAAUGUUUUAGAACAUCUGGAUUCUUUUACUCUUUCCCCAAUCUUCUUGGGAAACAGACCCAGCAAUACAAUAUGUGUACAGAGGUUCAUAAGGCUUGGGUGUGACUCCAAAUUACUCUUUACAAUGAUUGGAAUCAGUCACAGUUCUACCAAUAAUGCUUUAGCAUCCCCAUUUUCCACAUCCCCUCCACUUGUUCAUUUUAGAGAAAGAUUGAACAGUCUGAAGUGAUUACUCAGCUACAAAGAGAAAUGGGGAAGUUAGAAAGAGUUGGGGGGGGGUGCAUGCUUACAGGUGACUUUUUGAUGUUAGUUCUCAGAAAACACUGAUUCCAUAGACUGCUAGAAUUUCAGAGACUUGAAAGGGAGUAAAGUUAGGGAGUUCCCCCUGUCUUCUGGCAAAAGGAGGUCAGAUAUCUGGAUAGAAGAAGAACCCCUCCUGUAAUUGUGAUGGAGGCAGAGUUGAAGGGAUCACCUCGCAGCUUUAUACAGGAAAUGAUCAAAGACAGAGGAAUGAAUUGUGAAGACAGGAAAAGGGCAAUGAUUCUGCCUAUACUCGAGAAGUAUAUAUAAAAUAGAGAAUGAAAACGUUCUUUUUUAUUAGCACAUAUAUAAAUAAUCACAAGAGGUUGGGUGGCCAUUGUAUCUGUUCAAGACAUCAAGCGUGAGCACAGGCAAUAAUAUGAAGGGAAAAAUAUGUCAUCAGUGUGGGAGACCUUUAGAGAGGGGAGUAAUUGCAUUGAAUAUGCAAUGGUCAACAAUGAAUUGUACAGUACAGUAGACUUGGGUGAUGUGAUUAGGUGAAAAUUUUCCUUUGUGUGAUAUUUGGGGAAAUAUUGGGGAGUGUCGAAAGGAUAAGGUCCUCUCUUUUCCCAGAGACCACACAAACUCACACACACACUAUAAAACCUUGAGCAGUUUGUACUUUCUAGGCUCCCCUCAAUAUUAGCGCUCCAUGGAUUGGCUAUUAUACCUGUGGCCCCAAAUACUGCUUUCCCCUCCUAUACUGUUAGCAUGUAGGAAAAGUAUUUUAAAUGUAUGAAGAAAUAUUUUAACUCAACUCGCAAUAAUUUCUGAAACAGGAUAAAAAAUUGUUAUGACAGUCAUGAUAAAAUUUUAUACUCCAUUUACUGAACAUUUCCUGACUUACAAUUUUAUCAUUAUUGCAUCAUUUCUGCUUUAAAAAGGGCACGCCAGACUUCCAGGCUAACAUAGCUGCAGUGUGGUAGCAAAAGGCUUCCUCUCUUCACUGUACUAAUUGCCUAAGGCCUUAAUAAAUGAAUAUAUUUUGAGAGGUGUCUAGAGUGUAUGGUUGACAGGCUGGGGGGGGGGUGCAUCAGGACCCCUCUCUAUAUGUUGCUAUUACUAGGACAAAGAGGGGAAUUCUCAGUAAAGAUGGAUUCCCAGAGAAUGGGCUAGUUAUGGUCUCUUGACAGGGGUCAUUGAAAGAGUGCGCAGAUCACCCACUACACUAAAUCCUCAAAAGACAACUUCUAGGAAUGUAAUUGCCAAAGUCAAGAACUUCUAAGCUAAGGAGGAAAGGCAAGAAGCCAGGAGACAAUUCUGAUAUUAAGGAACACAAAUGAGGACUGCACAGGAUCUGGCAGCCUCCACACUAAAGGACUGCAAGGCUUAGAAAAUGAUAUUCAGAAAUACAAGAGAAUUGUGUCUACAACCAAAGAUCACCUACCCAUCAAAACUGACUCUAUAUUUUCAGGGGAAAGUAUGGGCAUUCAACAAAAUAGAAGAUUUUUGUCUACCCUUUGAUCCGGCUAAAGCACUGCUGGGUUUGUACUCCAAAGAGAUAAUAGGGAAAAAGACUUGUACAAGAAUAUUCAUAGCCUCACUCUUUGUGGUGACAAAAAAAUUAGAAAGUGAGGGGAUGCCCUUUGAUUGGAGAAUGGCUGAACAAAUUGUGGUAACUUUUGUUAAUGGAAUACUAUUGUGCUCAAAGAAAUAAUGAAGUGGAGGAAUUCCAUGUGAACUGGAAAGACCUCCUGGAAUUGAUGCAGAGUGAAAGAAGCAGAACCAGAAGAACAAUAUACACAGAGACUGAUACACUGUGGUACAAUCAAACGUAAUGGACUUCUCUACUGGCAGCAAUGCAAUGAGCCAGGACAGUUUUGAAGGACUUGUGAGAAAGAAUGCUAGCCACAUUCAGAGGAAGAACUGUAGGGGAGUAGAGAGAGAAAACAUGAUUUUUUUAAUCAAUAAACUACAAUUUAUAAAAAUACAAAUCUCCCACUUCAAAAAAGAAUCCCCCAAAUCAAAUGAAAUGAUAAGCAGUUUGAACACCAGAAAGGAUCUGCUGGAAGCCAUAAAAAGCAGGAUAGAACAAACUGAAAAGGAAAAUCAAAAGAUCAUAGUGAAAAACCAGUCUUUAAAAACUCAGAUUCAGCAAAUAGAACUUCAUGAUCUCAUAGGACAGCAAGAAUUAAUAAAAGCAAAGUCAAAAGGCUGUGACAAAUGUGAAGGAAACAUAAAUAUCUCAUUGAGAAGAUGACAGAUUUGGAAAUCAGGUCAAGGAGAGAAAAUUUGAGAAUCAUAGGCCUACUGGAAAACAUGGAAACAGAAACCUUGAUAUCAUAUUACAAGAAAUUAUCCAAGAAAACUGCCCUGAUAUUCAACAAGAGGACAAAAUAGACAUUGAAAGAGUCCACAGAUCACCCACUACACUAAAUUCUCAAAAGCCAACCCCCAGGAAUAUAAUUGCCAAAUUCAAGAGCUUCCAAGCUAAAGAGAAAAUAUUGCAAGAAACCAGAAGGAGACAAUUCAGAUAUCAAGGAACACAAAUCAGGAUUGCACUGGAUCUGACAGCUUCCACCCUAAAGGUCUGCAAGGAUUAGAAUAUUAUAUUCAGAAAUACAAGAGAAUUGAGUCUACAACCAAAGAUCACCCACCUACCCAUCAAAAUUGAUUAUAUACUUCUAGGGAAAGCAUGGACAUUUAACAAAAUCAAAGAUUUCCAAGUAUUUUUAAAGAAAAGAAGAGAACUAAAUGGAAAUUUUAAUGCCAUAAUACAAAAUUCAAGAGAAAUGUGAAAAAGUAAACAAGAAAGGGAGGGGGAUUUAAGGGCUUUAAAACAAAGGUCAAAUUAUAUAUAUUCCUACAUGAAAAAUAUUUAUAACUCCCAAAAAUGUUGUUGGAAGAAUUAUUCAUAGGCAAUGGUGGGGGUAAUAAGUGAUUCAAGAUGAUGUGUAAAAAAUGAAAGGAGGGAAAUAGUAUAUGGCACCUAGAAAAAUGUGAAGGAAUAAGGAAAAUGGGAUAAAUUAUACUGCAUAAAAGGGCACAUGGAAGGGAGGAGGGGGAACUGAUAUAAGGAGAGGCAGAGGGUGCUAAUAGGUAAUACUUAAACCUUCCUCUCAGUGGAAUAAACUCUGAGACAGAAGAGCAUAUACAUCCAUUUGGGGUUUCAAAUUCUAUAAGUUGAGAGGGAAAACAAUAGGGGUGUGGGGUAGGGAGUACCAGAAGGGAGGGAAAAAGAGGGGAGAGCAAAUUUAUUAGACCCUGAAGAAAAAUAAGGGAGGAAUAAGAAAGGAGGGGAGUGGGAGGGGAAAUAAAAUAAGGGUAGAGAUUAGGGGAUAUGAUUAAAAGCAAAACAUUGGUGUAGAAGGCAAUAGUGAAAGAAGAUAGGGCAGGACUAGGAGAGGAAAUCAAAAUGAUGGGGAAUGCACAGGUAGUAAUCACAACUCUCAAUGUGAAUGGGAUGAACUCACCCAUAAAUGGCAGCAAAUAGCAGAGAGGAUUAGAAAACAAAAUCCUUCCAUACAAUGUUUACAAGAAAUUGUAUGUCUACAUACACAGGGUAAAGUUUAAUGUAGCACAAUCUAUUGGGCAUCAACUGAGAAAAAGAAGGCAGGAGUUGCAAUCAUGAUAUCUGGCAACGCCAAAAUAAAAAUAGAACUGAUUUAAAGAGACAGGGAAGGAAAUUGCAUCCUGAUAAAAGGCAGUAUAUACAAUGGGGAAAUAUCAGUAUUCAACAUGUAUACACCAAAUGAUAUAGUAUCCAAAUAUUUAAAGGAGAAACUACUGGAGUUUAAGGAGGAAAUAGAUAGUAAAACUAAACUAGUGGAAGACCUGAACUUUCCUCUAUCAGAUAUAGAUAAAUCAAACAAAAAAUAAAUAUGAAAGAAUUCAGUUAUGUGAAUGAAAUCUUAGAAAAAUCAGAGUUAAUAGAAAAAUGGAGAAAAAUAAAUAGUGACAAAAAGGCACACACCAUCUUUUCAGUGGCACAUGGUAGUACAUUCACAAAGAUUGACCAUGUACUAGGAUAUAAAAACAUGGCAAACAAAUACAAAGGGCAGAAAUAAUCAAUGCCAUCUUUUCAGUUCAAAAUACAAUAAUAAUAAUAGUCAAGGUACAUGGAAAGGGAAAACAUAAAUCCAUUGGAUAUUAAAUAACAUGAUUCUCCAAAACUGGUUGUUUAAAGAAUAAAUUCUGGAAACAAUUAACAGUUUUAUUGAAGAGCAUGACAAUGAGGAGACAUCCUAUCAAAAUCCAUGGAAUGCAUUCAAAGCAGUACGAGGAGGAAUUUAUAUUCCUGAGUGCAUAAAUUAACAAAUCAGGUAAGGGGUCAAUGAACUGCACAUGAAACUUAAAAAUACUAGAAAGUGAACAAAGUAAAAAUGCUCAGAUUAAAAACUCAAUUAGAAAACCUAAAAAUUAAAGGGGAAAUUAAUAAAACUCAAAGUGAACGAACUCCUUAAUAAAUGAGACCACAAGGUGGUACUUUGAAAAAACAAAUAAAAUAGAAAAAGUACUGGUUAAUUAAUUUUUUUAAAAAGGAAAAAGGAAAACAAAAUUCACAGUAUCAAAGAUGAAAAGGGAGACCUCACCUGUAAUGAAGACGGAUUUAAGGUAAUUAUUAAGCACUAUUUUGAACAAUUAUAUGGCAAUAAAUGUGGCAAUCUAGGUGAUAUGGAUGAUUAUUUAUAAAAAUAUAAAUUGCCUAGAUUAACAUAAGUAGAAAAAGAAUACUUAAGUAAUCCUGUAUUGGAAAAAGAAAUUGAACAAGCCAUCAAAGAACUCCCUAAGAAAAAAUCCCCAGGGCUGGAUGGAUUCACAAAUGAAUUCAAUCAAAUCUAUAAAGAUCAAAUAACCCCAAUACUAUAAAAAUUUUCAACAAAUUAAGCCAAGAAGGAGUUCUACCAAAUUACUUUCAUGAAAUAAAUAUGGUACUGAUUCCAAAGCAGGCAGAUCAAAGACAGAGAAGAAAAACUGCAGACCAAUAUCCUUAAUGAACAUAGGAAAGCCAUCCACAUAAUUGAAUGUAUCAGUAACCAAUCCAACAAAAAUCACACAGUUAUCUCAAUAGAUGCAGAAAUAGCCUUUGACAAAAUACAACACUCCUUCCCAUUGAGGUCACAAGGAAGUAUAGGAAUAGAAGGGCCUUUCCUAAAAAUAAUAAACAGUAUAUAAGGCCAUCAGCAAGCAUAAUCUGCAAUGGGGAUAAAUUAGAAGCCUUCCCAAUAAGAUCAGGAGUGAAACAAGGAUGCCCCUUAUGACCUCUAUUAUUUAAAAUUGUACUAGAAACCCUAGCAGUAGCAAUCAGAGAAGAAAAAAAAUUGAAGGUAUUAACAUAGAUGAAGGAGAGACUAAACUAUUACUCUUUGCAGAUGAUACAAUGAUCUACUUACAGAAUACUAAAAAAUCACCUAAAAUGCUAAUGCAAAUAACAAGUUUAGUAUUGUUGCAGGGCACAAAAUAAAGCCACAGGAAUCAUAACCAUUUCUUUAUGUUUCCAACACAUCUUAGCAGCAAGAGUUAGAAAGAGAAAUUCCAUUUAAAAUUACCCUAGGUAAUAUGAAAUAUGUAGGAAUCUAUUUGCCAAGACAAACACAGAAACUAUAAGAACACAACUUCAAAACACUUAACACCAAUGAAAAGUAGAUCUAAACAACUGGAAAAACAAUUGCUCAUGGGGGUAGUAUGAGGUAACAUAAUAAAAAUGACAGUCCUACCCAGAUUAAUUGACUUAUUCAUUGCCAUACCUAUUUAACUACGAAGAAACUUUUUUAGUGAAUUGGGAAAAAUUAUAACAAAGUUCAUCCAGAAGAACAAAAUAUCAAUAACAUCAAGGGAAAUAAUAAAAAUUAAAAUGUGAAGGAUGGGUGGCUAGGAGUACCAGAUCUUUAACUGUUCCAUAAAGGAGUGAUCAUCAAAACAAUAUGGCGCUGGCUAAGAGGCAGAAGGGAGUAUCAGUGGAAUAGACUUGGGGUAAAUGAUCUCAACAAUAUAGUGUACGAUAAAUCCAAAGAUCCCAGAUUUAGGGACAAACAUCCACUAUUUGACAAAAACUGCUGGGAAAAUUUGAAAACAGUAUGGCAGAGAUUAGGUUUAGUUCAACAUCUCAUACCCUAAAUACACAAAAGCAUUCAGAAUGAGUGAAUGACUUAAAUAUAAACAAGAAAAUUAUAGGUAAAUUAGGUGAACAUAGAAUCAUUUACCUGUCACAUCUUUAGGAAGGAAAGAUUUUUUAAGAUCAAGAAAUACAGAAUAUCACAAAAUAUAAAACAAAAUUUUGAUUACAUUGAAUUAAAACGUUUUUGUACAAACAAAACCAAUACAAACAAAAUUAGAAGGUAAGCAACAAAUUAGGGGAAAGUCUUUAUAACAAAACCUUUGACAACAAUCUAAUUACUCAAAUUCAUAAGGAGCUUAAUCAACUGUACAAAAAAAAAUCAAGUCAUUCCCCAAUUCAUGUAUAGGCAAUGGACAUGAACAGGAAAUGUUCAGAUAAAGAAAUCAAAAUUAUCAAUGAGCACAAAAGAAAAGGUUCUAAAUACCUGAUAAUCAGAGAAAUGAAAAUAAAAACAACUCUGAGGUACCACUUCACACUUAAGAGGCUUGCUGUUAUGACAUCAAAAAAAUGUAAUAAACAUUGGAGGGGAUGUGACAAAAUUAGGACAUUCAUGUACUGCUAGUGGAGUUAUGAAUUGAUCCAACCAUUCUGAAAGGCAAUUUGGAACUAUGCUCAAAGGACUUUUUAAAGACUCUCUGCCCUUUGAUCCAGCCAUACCACCGCUGGGUUUAUACCCCGAAGAGUUAAUAAAGGAAAAAUUCUUCAUACAAAAAAUAUUUAUAGGCACACCCUUUGUGGUGGCAAAACAAAAAUGAAAAUGAGGGGAUGGCCUUAGAUUGUGGAAUGACUAAACAAAUUGUGGUAUCUGAUGGGGAUGGAAUACUAUUGUGCUGAAAGGAAUAAUGAACUAGAUGAAUACCAUGUGAGCCACAACGACCUCCAGGAAUUGAUGCAGAGUGAGAGGAGCAGAACCAGGAGAACAUUGUAUGCAGAGACACUGUGGCACAAUGGAACAUAAUGGACUUCUCUACUAGCAGUAAUGCAAUGAUCCAGGACAAUUCUGAGGGACUUAUGAGAAAGAACACUAUCCACAUCCAGAAGAAGAACUGUGGAAGAUGAAACACAGAGGAAAAACAACUACUUGAUCACAUGGUCUGGUGGGGAUAUCAUUAAAGAUGUAGACUUUAAAUGCUCACCCUAGUGCAAAUAUUAAUCAUAUGGAAAUGAGUUUUGAUCAAUGGCACAUAUAAAACCCAGUGGAAUUGCUCAUUGGCAUAUGGAGGGGGUGGGAAGAGGGGAGAGAAAGAACAUGAUUCAUGUACCCAUGGAAGAAUAUUCUAAAUAAAUUAAUUUAGUAAAUAAACUUUAAAAAGUGAACUCCAGCCUAAAAGAAUUCAUUUGAAUGAAUAAAUAUGCCUGUGUAGCAUAAACUGGAAAAGUAUACAUGUGAAGUUGUCCUUUUGCAGAAAAUGUUAUAUAAAAAUGUUUAUUUUACAUUCUGUAGAACUCUCAUUUUUCUCUAAGUGGUGGUAACUCUUCAUAAUUUACUAGAACACAUUUAUUUCUGCUCUCUGCAGUGAACUUCCUAACUAUUUUGUUGAUCUUUU